CAUAUUCCUCGAAGUAUUAUGGGAUGAUAAUUUUCCAAGAACUUACAAUAAAUUUCCCAAAAAAAGAAGCAGAAGUAAGGUUGGUAUUUGGUAAUGGUUAAAAAAGAAGCAGAAGUAAGGUUGGUAUUUGGUAAUGGUUUGAUACGCGUGCUUAUUUGGGUGCAGAUUAGCCAUCAUCCAUUCGUGUGAAUCUCAUUUCCUUAUUAAGCCCUAGGUUCCAUAGGAAGAAUAAACUUGUAUACAGUGCACAUGAAGAAUUUGAUGAAUUUGUUAUGGAGUGUGGAGAGUUGGGUUUGACUUGCUUGACCUUGACUCUCUUUUAUAUGGGAUUACUGUAAGUCAAAUAGGUGGAAAUGAAGUGUGAACGUAUCUCAUUGAUUUCACUCGAAUAUUGUUGCUUAAAGGUGCCACAAGCAUGUUCGAGUGUGCAAAGUUUGUUAACACAAACAUUCAAUUUAAUUGAAUUUCGCUAAAUCAGAAAAUAUUUUAAUUAAAAUUAAAAUUAAAUCUGAUAAAUUCUCCUACCUGUCAUAGUUGGUUGCCAGUGUAACUGUGCGUCUCCAUUAAACUCAGGGGUGAAGUUACAUGUCAUUGUCAUGCGUGACCGUUUCCGUGUAUUUUUGCAAAACAGAUAAAGAGUUCAAAUAUUUUAUAGGAACUAGGAAGAUUCAUAAGAUUCUGGUAAGUUUGUUACAACAGAAAUACAAAAUAAAGAGAUAAGAGAUAUUUGAAACAGAGUUUUGAAUAACAAAACAGAAUCAUCAGAGAUAUUUGACCAAUAAAACAGAUAUGAUAUUUCCCUAAUCACUUCACUCGCUGAUUACUACCUUCCCUCUUCAAUAUCAAACCCUAUCUAUAAAUAGUACCCUUAUUCUCUUCUCUAUUCCCAUUCUCAUCAUCUCUCAACUUUCUUUAAUCUCUUCUUGCCUCUUCAAAGAUUUUCAAGAUGGGUCAGGUUCUUGGUUGUACUCAGGUUGGUCAGUCAAGUGUGGCUAUCAAGGAAAAUUUUGGCAAGUUUGAUGAAGUGCUUCAACCCGGUUGCUACUGCGUCCCCUGGUGUUGGGGCCAGCGCAUCUCCGGUACCCUUUCCUUGCGUAUCAAGCAACUUGAUGUUCGCUGCGAAACUAAAACUAAGGACAAUGUUUUUGUUACUGUGGUUGCGUCAAUCCAAUACCGAGCACUGGCAGAAAAGGCGGUGGAUGCUUUCUACAAGCUUAGCAAUACCAAGGCACAGAUACAAUCCUAUGUUUUUGAUGUUAUCAGGGCAAGUGUUCCCAAGAUGGAGCUAGAUUCUGUUUUUGAACAGAAGAAUGAAAUUGCAAAAGCUGUUGAGGAAGAACUUGAAAAGGCUAUGUCAGCUUAUGGUUAUGAGAUAGUUCAGACUCUUAUUGUGGAUAUUGAGCCAGAUGUGCAUGUCAAGAAAGCCAUGAAUGAGAUCAAUGCUGCUGCAAGAAUGAGGGUGGCUACGAACGAGAAAGGUGAAGCAGAGAAGAUACUGCAGAUUAAGCGCGCUGAGGGGGAUGCGGAAUCAAAGUAUCUUGCUGGGCUUGGAAUUGCUCGUCAGCGCCAAGCCAUAGUAGAUGGGCUGAGGGACAGUGUGCUAGCUUUUUCUGAGAAUGUUCCUGGCACAUCAUCAAGGGAUAUCAUGGACAUGGUUCUGGUGACCCAAUACUUUGACACCAUGAAGGAGAUUGGUGCAUCUGCAAAAUCCAAUGCUGUUUUCAUUCCACAUGGACCUGGUGCUGUCAAAGAUAUUACUUCACAAAUUAGGGAAGGUCUUCUCCAAGGAAAUGCAUUUGAUUUUGAAAAGGUGUGAUAUGUCAUGCCACCAGUAGUUUGUUUAGCUUUUGAACUAUCUUUCUAUUUUGAGUUUAGAACAGAACUAUUGUUCUGCAAAUAAUAGUCUCCUAGUUUUAGUGGGGCUUAGUUACUUUGUGUUUGUUUUUGGUACAGUUAUCCUUGGCUUUCUCUAUUAUCAUAGUCAGUGUGAUUCCAUUUGAUUUGGUUGAAA